AUGAAGCGUUCUCGGUUCGAUGGGCUCAAUGGACAGCUCUUGGAUGGGACUCAAGUGCAGUUCAAGUCGACGAAGCUGGGGAAAUUCCUGUGCGCUGACGGAGCCACCAUCGUUGCCAACCGUGACAGGGCCGCCGGCUGGGAAACUUUCAGGCUGUGGAGGAUUUCCGACACAAAAUUCAACAUCAGAGCUUUCAACAAGCAUUUCGUUGGAUUGAAUGGCCAAAGCAGAAUGGUUGUAGUGGUUUCUGGUACACCGAGUCCCUCAGAGACUUUUGACAUUAUAAGGAACCCGAACAAUCCCAAUCGAGUGCGACUCCGAGCAUCUAAUGAAUUGUUUCUCCAGGUAAAGUCACUGACAAAUGUGACGGCAGAUAAUAGUGGAGAAACGAGGUGGAAUGAUAAUGACCCGUCUGUCUUCGAAAUGAACACUGUUGGCGGCUUACAAGGCGAAUACCAGAUAACAAAUGGCUAUGGCCCCGACACUGCCCCACAACUCUUACGGGAUCAUUGGAAAACUUACAUUACCGAGCAGGACUUCCAAUUUAUGGCGGCCAAAAAUCUAACUGCUGUGAGAAUUCCGGUAGGAUGGUGGAUCGCAUAUGAUCCAACACCGCCGAAGCCUUUUGUGGGAGGCUCGCUGUAUAAACUGGACAAUGCUUUUACAUGGGCAGCGAAUAAUAAUAUGAAAAUAAUAGUUGAUCUCCAUGCUGCUCCGGGAUCUCAAAACGGCGAAUCUGAUAGCGCGUCGAGAGAUGGAUUUCUGGAAUGGGGGGACUCUUACAUUCAGGACACCGUGAAAGUUAUAGAAUUCCUAGCAGAAAGAUACGGCAACAAUUCAGCAUUGGUCGCAAUUGAGCUGAUGAACGAGCCUCAAGCCCCAGAUGUCAAGUUGGACGAUCUUGUUAAUUACUACCGGUUAGGUUACGAUGCCGUGAGGAGGCACACUCAGGAUGCUUAUGUGAUCCUGUCUAACCGGUUGGGACCAGCCGACCCGCAAGAGCUCAUUCAGUUUACGAGAGGCCUGAGCCGAGUUGUCAUCGAUGUGCAUUACUACAACCUCUAUGAUCCAAAGUUUAAGCAGUGGAAUCUGCAGCAGAACAUUGGCUACAUCUAUGUCGACAGAGAGAUCGAUCUGAGCAAAGUAACCCAACCAAAUGGCCCCUUGAUCUUUGUUGGUGAGUCCUAA